AUGUCGUUCCGAGUUCUGAUGGCCGUUGCCGCGCGCUUUGACCUAGAAUUACUACAAUACGAUGCGGUAAACGCCUUCGUCUACGCGGAUCUAGACGAGACCGUCUAUAUGGAGCUUCCGCCGGGCUACCGCGUUCUAGGAAGAAUCCUGCGAUUGAGAAAGGCGCUAUACGGCCUACGACGUUCCCCUCUCCUGUGGCAACGCCACUUAGAAAAGGGACUCGUAGAACGUGGAUUCGAACGCGUGGCAGGCGAGAAUUGCUGCUGGCAAAAAGGCGAAGUCAUGUUCUUCUUCUACGUGGACGACUGCGUACUGGCGUUUCCCCGCGCGCGCAAGGAGGCAGCGCUGCGGGAGGUCUCUGAGCUACAGAAGCGCUACCACUUCGAAGGAGGCGGAGACCUCCAGUGGUUUUUAGGAAUCGAGGUCAUACGAGACCGAGCCACACGCCGAUUAUGGCUCUCGCAGGCAGUUUACGCCGAGAAGACAGCUAACGCGUUAGAAGACGGUUCUGAAGCGCGCUUGUAUACUCCUAUGGUCCUGGAGGAGCUUCUACCCUACGAAGGAGAGGCCAGCGCGUGGGAAGUUAACCAGUACCAGAAGAAGGUCGGGACUCUCCUAUACGCCGUAAUAAUGACGAGACCCGACGUCGCGUUCGCGGCAAGCCGUCUCGCGCGCUUCAACCAGAAUCCCGGGCCGAAACACCAACGCGCAGCGGACAGAGCGCUCGCCUACCUCUAUUCCACCCGCUACCUCUGCCUCGAAUACGGCUGCGAACCCGGCAGCGAGGAAGACACGCUUAUCGUGGCGUCAGAUGCCAGCUUCGUAGACAACUCCCUGGAUCGGAAGAGCUCUUAG